AUCGGGACUGAGCGGGAAAGGAAUAAUCGCGUGAUUCGUACGCGUAUGUCACGGCAUUAAAUGUCUGUUCGUACUUAAUGUUUCUAUAAAUGUUACGUAAAUUCGUUUGUAUCGUUAACCGUGUGUGAUUUUAAUUUAUGUAAUUACUCGCGUACUAUAAUCAUUAAUUAAUAUUUCAUUUAGACCGACUUUCGUCUUUAAAGAAGGUUAUGUUCUAAAGAAUUUUGAAAGGAGAAACUUCGAAUGAUUCGUAUGUAUAUAGUGGUUAAAUAAAUUAUUUUACUAUGGAUAUUCCCGCAACACAAGUUUGUGAAGAUCGUGAUGUGUCGACCCAAAAAAUUGCUUUACUCUCGCGACAAAAUGCGCAAAAACAACAGGUUGGAAUUCUACAUAUUGGGUCAAAUUCCUAUCCAGUCAAGGAAGGAAUUAACAAAAUUGGUAGACACCCGGACAGUGAUAUUAUAAUAAAUGACCAAACGGUGUCUAAGAAACACGCGGAGAUCGAGGCUAACAGUCACGAGGCGACAUGGGUUUGCGAUCUGCAUUCGUCGAACAGCACAAAACUGAACAACUCGACUUUAAGACCUGGCCGCUUAUACGAACUCAAAGAUGGAAAUGUGUUAGAAUUCGGUAUGGCUCGAGCUGUUUACAAGCUUUACCGUUCGCCGGAUGACUCUGUGAUCUCAGAAACUCCAGCACCAAACCGUACCAAAGCGCAUAUGUCUAUUCCUGAGACACCAGACUCAUCAAUGAGUAAUUCUUCUGGUAUGGAAAACGUCUCCGCGAUUCCAGCCACGCAAAACGACGAUGAAGAAAAACAUCUGUUUCGUUAUCCUUCACGUCCUCUGCGAUUGUCCGCUAGCAGCAACCGCAAGAGCGAGGUCCAGGAUUCAUCCAUCGACGACUUGGACACUUCCGGGAGUUUCGUUACAAAAAAGAAGGAAAGUGUGAGUGAACAGAACGUUAGUAUUCACGAUAUGGAAACACAGAACAAUUCAUACGAGACAGAUAAUCACAACGUUGAGACCCAAAAGAUUCGCGUGAGCAUAAUUAACGCGGCGGCCAAACCCUUGUGCGAACAAUUCCCAGAUGAUAUUAGCGACGCGGAAAAGCAGAAAGAGAGAAAUACGAAUUCUUCCAUUACCGAUAUUCAUGAUAUAGAAACGCAACACGAGGAUGAUAAACUCGCGAAAUUGAAAAUUUAUGACAUGGAAACACAACGCAUUGUGAACGUUCAUGAUAUGGAAACGCCGAAAAAAGUUCGGGAUCGGUCAAUUCGAAGUGAUACUGAAACGUCGGGAAUCAAUGAUGAAAGCUCAACGAGUACAGAAAAAGAUACGAUUCAUGAUAGAGUAACGCAGAAGUUUGAAAUUAAAAGGAAUAUAUCGUGUUGUAGUGAGGAUAAGAAUGAAAAUGAUGAAAUUAAAGAAAAUUCACAGAUAUUGAUAACGAGAUUCGGUAACGAACUCCCAGAUCUCGACGAAAGUCGGAAUUUGAUCGGCUCACAAAACAUGUUAGAAGAAUACUUUGAUGAAUCGAACGAUGGGGUUGCAGAACCAUCGACCGCGGGAACCGGUUCGCACGUAGAUGCGAACGAGAAGAGCACCGACGAUGAUAAUAUAUUUGACGCAAUGACGCAAGUAACUGAAUUCGAUCGGAAUGCUUUGAAGGUUGUAACGCGCCAGGUCGACUACUCAUGCAAGGCCUCGUUAAUAGCAGGCGACUCUGAUACCGAAGAGGGAGGUGUGUUUCAGAGCUACUUAUACAAUAAAAGCCAAGAUGAUGUCAUUCACAUUACAAGCACUACAAACCCACCGAAAAGUCAAGAGUCCGACGAUUCGACCACGGACGAAGAAGGUCAGUUUGCGGAAUUAGCCAUGAGGAUAAAGACAUCAGCGUCCAAUUCCUUUGAGUCGAAAUGUAACAGAAGCAGAAAAACUACAGGUGAUAACAAUUCGAGUAAAGACUCCGAAGAUUUUUUUGAUAAACCUACUCAAUCAUUUACGGUGACAAAUUCGACGAACUUGUGCCAUCAAGAGAAGGUUGACACAGGUAAUGAGGUCUUUGAUGCACCUACGCAAACGAUUGCCGAAGUAGUGUGUGAUGAAGUUAAAAUAAAUGAAAGCGCAAAAACAGAAAUCGAUGACACGCAGCAAAUGAAAAACACUUCUGUUACUGCGAAAAGAAAUUUCGAUGAAGAAGAUGUUACAGAAAUGGAAGACAAUUCUCCGACGCAAAUACUUAGUGUACCGGAGAAAUCCUCGGAGGCAGCUAACGAGCCGAGACCUUCGAGCAUCGUUGAAGAACGCAGCGUUAGAGACAUCGAUUAUGAAAUAGAGCCUACUCAGCGUAUAGCUCCUAGCAGUAACAAAGAUCCAUCGGGACCAUCGAAUAGAGUGAGCUUAAAUGAUACCAUUGAAAGAAAUUUAGGUGCAAUGUUUGAAGACAUGAAUGAGGAGUGUGUCGACGAGCAGGAUCAAAUAUCGACUCAGGUUCUUCGAGAUGUUCUCCAAUCACCUAAGAAGCUUGCAGACGUAGAUAGUGACUCGCCAACGGGAAGCAAAUCAACAAGAUCUAAUGAGAAUGAGAAUAUUGAUGACGAUUCGCAGACCACCGAGAAUUAUUUCUGCGGUCUUACUUCAAAAAGAAAGAUGAAUGUUUUAGCGAAUUCCCAAAAUUUCGAAACCAGUGAGCGAACUGACGACAAAAUAGACAAAGAAGGAACCGCGAUUGAUUGUAAAAAUAUGAACGAAUGUAAUACACCGAAAUCUAUGUCUAAAGAUGCGGAAUUAGUAAAAUCUACACCUAAAACUCCUACGACACCGAAAUCUUCGCGUAAGAAUACACCAUUAUCAAAAUCCGUAACCAAAGAGCAAACAACACCGCUAUCGUCUAAGAGGAAAAAACAGGAACCAUCGGGAACAGUUGAAACUAUAUCGGCAGAAGCAAAUGUGUCUAAAAAUGAUAAAAAUGUUCCAAAAGAUGCACUGGACAAUAAAGUAUUCAGUAGCACAUCAAUCACUGGGGAGGAUCUUCAACAGUCCUCUAACGCAUCCGUAGAUAGUGACGAGGAUAUGUUAGCUAAUUUACCAGAGGUUAAAAUUUCAGGUACUUUGUCGAAUCCGGGAAGUCCAGUUUCAACGACUUCAUCCGAGUACAGAAUAAACAUUAAUCUCAAUCUUGAAAAACAAAUAUCCGUAAGAAUUGCGCCCAAAAAGAAGAGAGGUCGGAAGCCCCGAGUACCGGUAUCUCUUAAAAGCAUCGAAAAUGCUGAAUCUCAUAAUGAUAACGAGCUUGGUUCUUCCACGCUGACGGAAAGUUUGUCGAAUUCGACCGCAAGCAAUCUCGAUGUUAACGAAGUAUCCGUGAAUAAGGAAAAAAGAAAAACUAGGAAAACGCCAGCGAGAAAAUCGAAAAAGAAAGAUUCCCUUCCGGAAUCGAAAUUCGUAGCUCCGAACGAAUUCCUAAAAAAAGAGAGGCAAAGCUCUUGCAUUGAAGUCAAUCGGUCGAUAUCCGAACCCAAAUCUAAAGCGAGCGAUUUCCUUGCACAAUCGACAACAAUAGCGACCUCGAUCGACUCGCAAAAAGAGGCGAGACAAGUGCUUUCUAUUAAAACCAAUCGAAAACCUCGUAAUUCUAAAAAGAAGGAUGCUGAUGUUCCGUCUCUUUUGCAGGUAGGAAAAGAAGUGCCGGCUGCAAAAGUGGCUGCGGGACCAGCCAAAGAGAACGUCCUCAACGAUACGUGCAACAUGCGCACUCGAAAAAGAAAUCUCAGUACUGUAGACACGAAUGAAAGUAACUUUGGGAAGAAGUUGAAGACGGACACUAACGAAGACGAACCGAAUUUAACCAGAGGGAAUAGAAGAAACGCUGGUACUAGCAAGCGACAGUCUACAACUAUUCUUAACUAUGUUACAAGAAAUGAUUCGCCCCAUCUGAGUAGCGCGAGCUCAACACCGUCUGACUUAGAUACGGAUAAACAAGUGAUGAUAAAACUAAAAAGAGUACCAGUGGCAUCUCCGAGUAGUACGACAGGAUCGAUAUCUCCGAUCACUCGGGCGGAAUUAAUACCUGAAAAUGAUAAUACGAAUAAUACCAAGAGGCAAACGCGUCGUGCGACUAAAGCGAAUAAUCAAAGCUCUUUCAAUACUUCCAUUAUUAAAGACAGCAAUACCACACGAAAUACAAGAACGCGAAAUGCGAAUGGAACGGCGAAGAAGGAAGUUAAAACCACGGUAGAAGAAAUUAGUUCUGAAAUUGGGGAGGAAUCGCAGGAGAUAGAAAUGAUUAUGAGUGGUGUGCUCAAGAAACCAAAUCCCGUCUCGAUCACAGAAUCGAAAAAAGACACAAGUAUAAAUACGAAACCUAUCAAUACCAGGAGUAAGAGAAAAUGUGGGAACAUAAGUACAGAUACUGAUAAUACAGGAAACAGCAGUUCUUCCUCCAUUGUGUACGAAUCUGAUAAUGCACAAUUCGAAGUUUCCAUUUCGAAACCUAAGCGAGCGAAAAAUUCAAGCGUAGCUAAUACUACACUAAACGUAUCGCCUAAUAGAACACGUAGAAGUAUGUCGACGUUAAGCAAGACGAAACACAGGAUCUCAUUUACAGGAGUGUCGAGCAAUGACUACACGAAGGUGAUGUCAAAAUUAGGGGCAUCUCAAGUGGAGGAUACAACGAAGUGUACUGUGUUGGUAACGGACAAAGUACGCCGAACGCUCAAGUUCCUAUGUGCUCUCGCGCAAUCUGUGCCGAUAGUUUCGAUCGAUUGGCUGAUAGAUAGCGGAAAGGCAAAUGAGUACAUGGACAUAGAAAAUUACAUAUUAAAGGAUUCCGUGACUGAAAAACAAUAUAAGUUCAGUUUAGUGGAGAGUCUGCGAAAGGCAAAAAAUCAUAAACUUUUGGAAGGAUAUACGAUUGUUUUAACUUCCAACGUAGCACCACCUCCUUUACCUGAACUGAAAACUAUAAUCAUCACGUGCGGUGGUAAACCCUUGGUUCGUCCACCACAAUCGUGGCCCGAGAAGUCUAUUAUUGUCACUCGUGAAGAAGAUCUAGCGAAUGCACAGAAGUUCCUCGCAAGAGCACCUAAAUUUGUUACUAUUCAUUCGAUAGAAUUCAUACUUACUGGUAUUUUGAGGCAAGAGUUAAAUUUUUCCGAGUUCAAGUUAAGCAGUUAAUUGCUAGAUACGCUUUAAUUCGAAGAUGCCCUCUACAUGUUCUUUAAUUAAUUACGUUAAUUUAAAUUCAUCGACAUAUUUUCGGUAAAACAAAGAAAAUAUUGCAACAGGUACUGUAAUGUUUAGAAAGAUGUUUGUACAUAUUUCAAUAUUUUUAUAAAUACAACCAUUUAAUGGUAACUAAACAUUGCAUUUGCUUGUUGCUUUGAUAUAUAUGUGAAUAUAGGUUUUAAUAAAAUUAUGAGUACCAUUUUAAGCCUUAUAACGUUAAGAAAAAUUGUACAGAAGGAUCAUUGUUUAAAUAAAAAUUACUUUUUAUGAUAAA